AUGGCGAGCGCCAAUAAACCAUUGAUUGCAGUUGUCGGAGCGACAGGUGCUCAAGGCGGAAGUGUUGUACAAUAUUUACUGAAUGACCCGGACCACUCCUUUCGUGUUCGUGGUCUAACACGCAAUGUUGAUUCUCCGAAAGCAAAGGCUUUGACAGAGCGUGGAGUUGAAGUGGUUAAGGCCAACAUGGACGAUGUCAAUAGUUUGAAAAAGGCAUUCGAGGGUGCCUUUGGUGUGUUCGGAGUUACGAAUUUCUGGGAGGUGUUCUCUGGAGAAAAAGAAACUCAGCAUGGAAAGGCAUUAGUCAAUGCCGCAGUAGCUGUAGGAGUGAAGCAUUUCGUCUGGUCGGCAAUGGAUCAUACGUCUGAUCCAACGGUGCCGCAUUGGGAUUCCAAAGCUGAAGUUGAUGAUUAUCUCAAGAAGACUAAACUUCCACGCACUUCUCUUUACACCUCAGCGUACUACGAGAACUUCCUUGCGUUCCCGAAUCUAAUAAUAAAGAAGGACGAUGCAGGUAAACUAGUAGCAGACUGGCCCGUGUUCUGGACAGAUGGUCCUAUUGGUGGAUACAGUGUCGCUGAAACAGGAGCGUAUGUGCUUGAGGCAUUUAAAAAGCCGAAAGAGUGGAUCGGGAAGGACUUGCGUGUCCUUUCGGAUGUGUUCACACCGCGUCAGUUUGUCAAGGCUCUUAGCGAUAUAACUGGAAAAGAGAUUGUGAUACGUGAAUACAACCGGGAGAAGUUUAAUGAAUCUCGAGCGUCUGAAAACUUUUACAAAUACAAUGGAAAUCCGAACCGCGACCCAGAGCUGACUUUGCGCAUUAAUCCAUCACGCAAGGAUUAUGGUACAUUCAUUCAGGCCAACAAGGAAGCGUUUCUUGCGUCGUUUAGCUCCUGA